CCUAAAUAAUUGUGUAAGUAGAAAAAACAAACAAACGCAAAAACUGCAUUUAGAAACAGUUGAGUUCCCCCUCCCCUUCCUCACAGUGGUUUGACACACAGUCCCCCCUCCAAUUCCUCACAGUAGUUUGACCAAAUUCCUCCUUUCCCAGUACAUCUCAUCUACUCUACACACACGAGUCAGUGUAAUAGACUAGAUAAAAUGGAGAAAAGGAAAAUGGACAUAAGAUCAUUUUUCAGUGCACCUAAAUGCCAAGCAAAGGAGACAGAAAUUUUUGAGGGACAGGUAGAGCAGGGUCAAUCAGAUGUACAGUGUCAGAUCAACAAGACUUGUAUGGCCCUUUCCUCAGGCAGUAAAUACAACUAUACUGCACCAAUACUAGAUUCCCUACUGCAGAAUGACUGUGAACUCGCCUGGAAAGCACCAAACAAUACCGUGCUCAACUAUGGAGGCUUUCUCACUCAUGCGAUCUGUGAGACUGGGAUCCGCCUCGUUGCACACUGUCUUAAACCAAGAGUUCAGGUGGAAUAUGUCUUUAAUGUAAUCAAGAGCAUCACAUCACCCCCUGGUUCAUUUGAAACUUCUGGGGCACAAAAAGGUUUCAUCACCAUCAUAGUUGUGCUUCUGAUCUUGCUUUUGAUUGGAAGCCUGUUUGGAUUCACACGAAGGGAGAGAUGUAGAGACUGGUGGAGAUCAGCAUGUAGGUGUGUGUUUACAAGAGCGGAAAGUCACAAUAUCCCACUGGAGGAAAAUGAAGCAGGCAGCAACCAUGAAAUGCGACCACUGAAUAUUGUAAACUCAAACCAUGACCAUGCUGUGAGUGCUAAUCAGAAUGGUGAUGCAGACAUCAGAGAGUGAAGAAGGACCUCGAUUACUAAGCAGCCAAAACAAGGAGGAGUUUCCAGAGCUUUCUGUCUGUCAGUGAGGAUUACGGUUCAGCUUCAGUGCCUCUGUCCUUCCUGCACUUGUCUUUUCCAUCACUGCAUUUUUCUGCUUUUUUUCAUUAACUUUUUUUUAAAAAUAUUUUUUCAGGGAUUAAGUAGAUAAAACAAAGAAACAUCACUGAUAUUUAAAAAAGGGUGAAAAUUGUAUUUUCAAAAGUGUUGGUCAACUGUCCCUUAAUCUUGAACUUUUAAUUCAAAUUUUCAGAACCAAAUAUCUGUAUUCUAUAACUUAAAUUAUAAUUCCUGUUCACUACUAAUAGGAAUAAUAUAAAAUAGAUUAUACGUAUUGUAACCCUUAUGGCAUAGUAGUAAUAAGGUACAUUGGUUUAGUAGUCUAAUGUAGUCUUAGAAUUUGGACCAGAAUCAGAAAACAUUAAAUUGUUAAGAGCCCUAGAAUUGAAUGCCAAUUAAAAGGAAUAAGACACCAGAAUGACAGUUUGUAUAACCUGUAUUAAUUUCAUAGGGAUGGUACAUACAUAUAAAAGGAACAUAUUUAUGAAAAAUAACAAACUAGUUUUUAUUUUUAUUUAAGUGAGCACAUAAACAAAACCCUUUUUUCAGUUUCUUUGAGCUCAGUUCGUUCUUGGUUCCACUUGCUUUUGUUGACAAGAGUUCAGUUUCUAUCGUUGGGGCCCUUUUUUUAGUUUGUGUUAGUGUUCGUCCUACCACCAAGUAGAUGAAGAUGAUGAUCUUGGAAACUCGUCUUAAGUCUCCUAAUUCCCGGACUGGGAAUCUAUGAAUCUCUGGCAAAUGUCUGGAACAUGUAGAUCGGUACCACUCCGUGGAAAGGAUAUCUGCGCAAUGUUUCCAACUCUCUACCAAAACCUGACCGUUUUAGCGGGAUUCACUGCCUUUAGCUCCGUGACAACCAGCAGAUUCAGGCGCAGCUGUCUUUUUUACACAAGUGGACAACACAGCCUCCUAUGCUUGAGUGCUGGCGCCAAAAGAAACAUGCAGACAUGACACUAGAGGCGUAACUGUAACGGAGCCUAGCUAGCAGUUAAUUUGGUCAGCUCACUGCCCCAUAGAGUUCACCCAUUUACUCACUAAAAGUCAAUCAAAAAUAUUAAAUAAAAGUUAACCCAUUCAUGACUUGGUUAGACAGCUAAAUAGGGUUUCUCAUUAUUAAACCUGGCUACACUAUAUUUAAAGAUUUUUUUUUUGUUAAUAUUCCUUCACAAUAUUUUAUGCUGGCAAUAAGAAAUGUGUGGAUUUAUUUAUUCAUUUACAAAUAAAGGAGCAGGUUUAAUCUCUGAAUGUAUCGUUAAUGUGCUGGGGAUGUUUUAAUCCAACCCAGUAAAUAAAAUAGAAUUUAUAAUCUUUAAAUCUGAUUUUCUUUUUUGAAUCAUUUUCUUUGAGUAGUGGUGAUGUUUUUAGCACAAUUAUGAUCAGUAAUUUUAAGCUUUCAUCAAACAGCAAGUGAACAUCUGUGUGUAAUGUAAUUAUGACCACACUUUAAUUUAAUUAUGACCAAACUUGACUCUUGUCUUCGAUCAUAUUUUUAAAUAAAAAAAACA